CCCGCCCCCCUCGGCAUUUCCUACAACCGUCAGCGGUCGUGGUGCUAGUUUACCUCAGACAGCGAACUACUGAAGGGACCAUUUGCGGCAAUAAUAUCAUAAUAUGAACUCAGGAAUACUAGCAGUAGUGUGACUUUUUUUUUUAAAUAGAGGUUAGUUUUUAAGUUAUUGUCGUGUAAUUGUAUUGGGCGGUUUCCUGGGUCGUCUUGUUCCUGUCUCUGUUAGCCGGCUAAUCUCCAGCGAGCGACAAAAUGGCUGAUUCAGACAAAUUAAACAUCGAUUCGAUCAUCCAGCGCCUUCUGGAGGUGAAGGGCUCCAGACCUGGUAAAAACGUUCAGUUAACUGAACAAGAGAUUCGUGGAUUGUGUCUGAAAUCUCGGGAAAUCUUCCUUAGUCAGCCGAUACUGCUGGAACUGGAGGCCCCUCUCAAGAUUUGUGGUGAUGUUCAUGGUCAGUACUAUGACCUGCUCAGGCUUUUUGAGUAUGGAGGAUAUCCUCCAGAGAGUAACUACCUGUUUCUGGGAGACUAUGUAGACCGAGGCAAGCAGUCACUGGAGACCAUCUGCCUGCUGCUUGCCUACAAGGUCAAAUAUCCAGAGAACUUCUUUCUUCUCAGAGGAAACCAUGAAUGUGCCUCCAUCAACAGGAUAUAUGGAUUUUAUGAUGAAUGUAAAAGGCGAUAUAACAUCAAGCUCUGGAAGACAUUCACAGACUGUUUCAAUUGCUUACCAGUAGCUGCUAUUGUGGAUGAGAAGAUUUUUUGUUGUCAUGGAGGUCUUUCUCCAGACCUGCAAACUAUGGAACAGAUCCGUCGUGUGAUGAGGCCCACAGACGUCCCUGACCAGGGUCUGCUGUGUGAUCUGCUCUGGGCUGACCCAGAUAAAGAUGUCAUGGGCUGGGGAGAGAAUGACCGUGGUGUCUCUUUCACCUUUGGGUCUGAUGUUGUGGCUAAGUUCCUCCACAAACAUGACAUGGACCUCAUAUGUAGGGCCCACCAGGUGGUAGAGGAUGGAUAUGAGUUCUUCGCUAAGAGGCAGUUAGUCACACUUUUCUCAGCUCCCAACUACUGUGGAGAGUUUGACAAUGCAGGUGCUAUGAUGAGUGUUGAUGAGACCCUGAUGUGCUCAUUUCAGAUUCUGAAACCAGCGGAGAAGAAGAUGUCAUAUGGUGGUGCAGGAGGAUUUGGGUCUGGUAGACCUGUAACUCCUCCACGAAACGCAGCCAAGGGCGGCAAAGCAAAGAAAUAACAUCAGCUACUGCAACGCACCUAUACAUCCUCUCCAUCAUUCUACCUCUCCUUUUCCUUCUCCUCUUCAACUCCAAACACCAAAUCAGUGCAGGGCUUUUUUUUAGCUGUCUCCAAGACGAGACUGCUGGGAAUCUGAGCGGUCAUGUGUGCUUGACUGAAAUGCCCUUGUGGAGUGUGUUGGUUUUUGUAUGUGGAAAAGUGUGUAUUUGUAGAAAAUGGUUUUGUUGUGUGUGAGGGAUUCUUUUUUUUCCUCUCUCUCUCUCUCUCUCUCUCUCUCUCUCUCUCUCUCUCUCUGUCUCUUUCUUUGGUAACUACGCACAUUUUACUGCGUUUUUAGAUGUUCUGGUUGAUUUCCUUCUAAUAUAUCUUCAUGUCUUCAGCCAUAACAUGAUAAUCUUUUUUAGGCCAUUUAUUGGACCUAUGUGGUGCCCUUCUCUUCAGACCAAGCCUCAGGGUCCAGCUUUUGAUCCCCACUGUGGGGACGGACUUUUCCAUUCCCCUUUAGCUCUAAAGCAAUCCGAAAGGAGGUGAUUGUGCUCUUGAACGUGCAAAUCACUGCCAGUCUCUUUAAUGUGAAACUUUGUCCAAGUGCGUGUCUGUUUACAGUAGUUAUUGACGGCAUCCUGCACAUUUUUUCAUGUAUCUAAUUUGGCGCAUACUUUGCUUCUUCAAACUGCACACUCAGGUAGUAUUUAGCCUGGUCUGUGGAAAUUAGGUUGUUUGGUUUAUUUUUCGCUAGUUUUUUUUUUUUUUUUUUUUUUUUUUAUUAAAAUCAUGUAUGGUGUGCAAAGAAUACCAUGUGUGAAUGUCUGUAAAGUGGGUGCCAUCGCUGUUUCAGUUUGCACAGAAAAGCACUGUGCGCUCUUUUUUUUUUUUUUUUUUCUUCGUUUUUUUUUUUUUCUUCGUUUUUUUUUCUUCUUUGAGUGUUUGUGGCUAUGUGCCACUUUGUAAACUGCAAAGCUCACCUUUUUCUGUUAAUUUUUUUUCCUUUCUUUUUUUUAAAGUAGUCAAGAAUUUAGCCAAUAAAGUGAGAAUCUGGUGCAAA